GCUCGUUGUGUCACGUCUUGUUGACAGUACUAAUGCUACCUCGCUUUUUAACAGCUGUAAAACAAGACAACACCAACUAAUACUUACUAUACCAGUCCAUUAUCAGCUGUUUACUAUACACGUCAACUUUAUGCCCCUGAUACCGUCUUUAGUGAUAUAAAAGAUUAAGUUUAACAGUCGAAAAUUUAGUGCUAUGUGUGGUGAAAAUGGUGUACGUUGUAAAUGGAGGGGAGAGUGGUGGUGAGAGGAAGGAGAGAGAGGCCAGUGUGUGGAAGGAGGUGUUGUUUUCUAUUAUUGCCAGCCUGCCCUUCUUCACCCAUGGCCUCGAGACCACAGAGCUGGCCUCGUCAUCCCACUCAGGGCACUUCAUGAGCACAGAGGAUGGGGUUCCAUGGAACGCCACAGCGUACAUUCUCGCUGCGCUGGUCAGCGCGCCGGUGUACUGCUAUGUAGUGGAUAAGUGUGGGAGGAAGGUGGGGAUCUUCUUGGUCAGCCUGGCGCAAGGGGCCUCCUGCAUCCCCCUAUUCCUAUCACAAGACUUCAUCACUGUGAUAGUUUUACACGUGGUCGCUGGCAUAUCCUCAGGCGGCCUCUUCACCGUCCUCCCGAUCUACGUGCGAGAGAUCAAUUCCCUUACCACUGAGGGUUUCUCUCUUUCUUUGAUGAUGGUGAUGACAACAGUGGGAUAUGCCAUGAAGCUGGUCAUGAGUAUGGAAUACCUGAUGUAUGUGAUGACGGCGGUGGUAGCGGUGCAGUUCCUGUCGAUGGUGCUGCUGAUAGAGACGCCGAGCUAUUUGGUGAUGAGGGGGAAGGAGGAGGCAGCCAAGCAAAAUAUAACAAAACUCAAAUGCUUAGACAGCAACGGCGAGAAUGUGACAAAAGAACUAAAUAAUCUGAAGGACGAAAGUGAACGAGCUAGGUCUAAGGGAAAUCUAUCUGUGAUAGGGAUAUUCAGGAGUCCCAUGUACCGCGAUCAGACGAAGAUAGGCGUGAUCCUGUACACCACAACAGUGUUAUGCGGCAGCAUAGUGUUCUUGGACUCAGAGAAGGCUUUGCUACAGCUGGGUAUAUCUGACCCUGACAAGACGCUGGUGCUAAGCUGCCUGUUUGCUGGCAGCUUGUUCACUAUGCUGCUGAUCAGCUUUGUGGAGAGGAAGUACCUCGUCCCCUUCGGCUUCUUCACCAUGAUGGUGUCCAUGGGGGUCCUAGCCGUGUUCACACAGAUGGACCUGACCGUGACGUCAUUAAGAUGGCUCCCCGUUGUCGCGCUGGGAGUCCUGAACUUCGGGUAUGGGGUGAUGUGGGCGCUGCCUUAUGUUGUGAUGGUGGAGAUUUAUAAUUUUGAGAUCCGAGCAACAAUGAUCGGCCUUCUCUUCACUUACGGGCAAAUAAUCAAGCUAAUACACAUCCACACUCACCAGUACAUUGAAGAUUACAUGGGCAUAUAUACUUUGUUAUACAUAUUUACCAGCAUCAACAUAUACGGCGGGGUAUACUCCCUAUUCGCUAUCCCGGACUUGAAGAAAAAGUCGAACAAACAGAUUGAGAAGCAGAUGAAAAGGAUACCUUUACUGAAAUUCUGAAUUAUUGUUAUAGAAAAUAAACUAGUCUAUAUUG